GAGCAAACACACCCAAUCACGCAUGUGUUGAGAAAGAAUAUUUCAAGUGCAUUGCUUUAGAGCUUACAAGACAAUAUAUAUAUACUAAUGACGAGAGAGAAAUUGGGCGAAACUGUGAUUUUACGAGAGAGGUUAAAGAAACAGUGUGUGAGAUGCAGUGAGUGACAGCGAGCGCGAGGACCCCUGAGGACGCAGCACGGAUCUAUAGAGGAGCCACCCGAAGAUUGCGAGGAAAAGUCGGCCCUGUAGGCACCGUCCACACCUCCAUCCUCUCUCUCUCUCUCUCUACGCACGUUCAUCUCAUCCCGACCCAGAGCUCUGACUUUCUCCACAUCCUCGACCCAAUGAAGGAGCCCGACGCCAUCAAACUCUUCAUCGGGCAGAUCCCGCGCAAUCUGGAGGAGAAGGACCUCAAGCCCAUCUUUGAGCAGUUCGGCAAGAUCUACGAGCUGACUGUGAUCAAGGACAAGUACACAGGCGUGCACAAAGGAUGUGCCUUUCUGACGUAUUGUGCACGGGAGUCAGCCGUUAAAGCACAAAGUGCUCUUCAUGAACAGAAAACCCUGCCAGGGAUGAAUCGGCCCAUUCAAGUGAAGCCUGCAGACAGUGAGGGGAGAGGAGAGGACAGAAAGCUGUUUGUGGGGAUGUUGGGCAAGCAACAGUCUGAUGAGGACGUGAGGAAGAUGUUUGAGCUGUUUGGGAGCAUUGAUGAGUGUACGGUACUGAGAGGACCUGACGGCACCAGCAAAGGUCCUGAGGGGUGUAACAUCUUCAUUUACCAUUUGCCUCAGGAGUUCACUGACUCAGAAAUGCUCCAGAUGUUUCUGACGUUCGGUAACGUCAUUUCUGCAAAAGUCUUUGUGGAUCGGGCCACCAAUCAAAGCAAGUGCUUCGGCUUUGUGAGCUUUGAUAACCCAGCGAGUGCUCAGACAGCCAUCCAGGCCAUGAACGGAUUUCAGAUCGGCAUGAAGAGACUCAAAGUGCAGCUGAAAAGGCCGAAAGAUGCCAACAGACCCUACUGAGACCCAGACAGGAUGGAGAUUAUUGAAGCGUUCACGCAGCAGACGGACUCCAGACGCUGAGCUGCACAGCUGAAUUGCUAACAUGAGAUGUUUGUUAUCUUGCAUGCUCACAUGUGUGUGUAUAUGCAAAGGACAAAUAUAAGAUCAUGUACAUAAAUCGCAUUCAAACACACAUACACACAC